CCAAAAAAUACACGCACAAAAAUAAUACAAAUCCAAUCCAUUGUUCCCGUUUCAUUCUCUUCGGUUCGCGUGGCAGAAAAGAGGAAGGGUUUCUCCCUUUCUCUCUUCUUCCCUAUUCCAUAUAUAAAAAUAAUUUCUCUUGAAACAUGGAUUUGACUUCUCAAGAUUCAUUUCAAGUACCUAAGGAAGCUGUUGAAGUUAAUGACAAAAGUGUUUUUAUGGAGCAAAAGGAUGGGUUUCCUGCUUACGUUUCAAUGGUUGAUCCGUUCCUUGUUGAGGCUCUUCAAAACCCUCGUCACCGAUUAACUAUUCUGCGAAUGGAGCUCGAUGUACAAAAGUUCUUGCAGAACUCUGGUCUACAUCAUUUUGAGUUUCCGCACUUCCCUACGUCAUACCUUCGUCUUGCAGCACACCGUGUUGCUCAACACUAUGGUCUGCAGACCAUGGUUCAGGACAACUCUGUAGAUGGUCAGGGAAAUCGGAUUUUGGUUUUAAAGAAGCCAGAAAGUAAGUUCCCUGCUGUCCGCUUGUCAGAUGUGCCAGCUAGACGUUCUGAAACUGACGAACUUGAUCAAAUCAAGAUUGUCUUAAAGCCGAGGCCUUCUAAAGCUUCAUCCAAUGAUAUCAAUGGAAUAGGGCUUAAAAGAAGUCCUGUAAGAACAGUGGACGAAAGGAAGGAGGAAUAUGACAGAGCUCGAGCUCGUAUUUUCAGCAGUCCAAGUAGUUCUGGGUCAGAAGAUGCAUCAGGAUGGGUUGCCUCUGAUAGGAAGGGUGAGAAUAUUGGCGAGAAUGAAGUUUCAAUGAACUUGAUAGUUGAUGGUGAGAAAAGUCUGGGAAGCAGGGAAAUUGGUGCUUCUUCUAGAGUAGCCAUUUUUAGGGACAAGGAGAAAGACCGUACCGACCCUGAUUAUGAUAGAAGUUAUGAGAGAUAUGUUAAGAACUUACCGACUAUUCAAAGUUUCAAUGUAGCACCUAUUCAUGUGCCAAAAUUCCCGCCUCCAUUUGUGCAAUAUGAUUCUGCCAUUCCUCAGCUGCAUCAGAUGCCCGUGGCUCAAGCUUCCAUCAAUUACAGGAGCCCCAUUAUGAGCCCUUACCAUGCAAUGGGAUUGAAUCAGACUUCUAGGGAUGCUUUAUACAUGCAGUGGCCAACCCAGUCAAUGAUGUAUGCACACUCAUAUGAUCACAUGAGGCAGACCUUUUUUCAGGCUCCCUUCUCUCAGCAGCCACUAAGUUUUGAAUGCUCCCAGAAUCAUCCAUGACAAUAAAAUUAUAAGCUGGGAGGAUGUCUGUGUUACUGAAUGAGCUACUGUUUUUUUGUCUAAUCUAGAUUUUAUUGAUUUAGAUGAAAUGUCAGACUGGUAAACUUGGUAUUUUAAUUUAGCUUCAAUUUCCAUUUACUUCUGGACUGACUAUAUUGUUUGUAGAGAGAUUUUUAACGUUUACAAACUGUUCUAUUUGUGAUUCUAUAAUUAUUGCGA